UGGUGUUAAUAAGUACAACGUUUUGUUACACACCCGUGGGGCAAAUCACACUUUUACAGAAGAUAAGUUACGACGAGAAGUCAACUAUCCUUCUUGGAAAAGAGCUUUAUUGGAGUUUAAUUGCAAGCUCUCUUUGGGCAUGUAGAAAUCAUCAUUUGGAAAAUAGAGAGAUUCAGAGGACGACAGUUUAACAGCUAUGGCUGAAAGUAACCUCCCAACAGCAAAAGAAGAAUUGGAGGUGAAACAUGAGCGUCCAAGUUAUAGCAACCUCAGCAUCGCUUAUAACAGUCUUGGACAGUUCAAAAGAGCAAUCAGGUACCAUCAACGUCAUCUAGAAAUUGCUAAAGAAGUGGGAGACAAGGCCGGAGAGGGAAUCAGUUAUGGCAAUCUCGGCAACGCUUAUGGCAGUCUAGGACAGUUCAAAACAGCAAUCGAGUACCAUCAACGUCAUCUAGAAAUUGCUAAAGAAGUGGAAGACAAGGCCGGAGAGGCAAGAAGUUAUAGCAACCUCGGCAACGCUUAUCAAGGUCUAGGACAGUUCAAAACAGCAAUUGGGUACCAUCAACGUCAUCUAGAAAUUGCUAAAGAAGUGGACGACAAGGCCGGAGAGGGAAUUAGUUAUGGCAAUCUCGGCAACGCUUAUCAACUUCUACGACAGUUUAAAACAGCAAUCGGGUACUAUCAACGUCAUCUAGAAAUCGCUAAAGAAGUGGGAGACAAGGCCGGAGAGGGAAGAAGUUAUGGCAACCUCGGCAAGGCUUAUAAAGGUCUAGGACAGUUCAAAACAGCAAUUGGGUAUCAUCAACGUCAUCUAGAAAUUGUUAAAGACUUAGAAGACAAGACAGCAAUCGGGUACCAUCAACGUCAUCUAGAAAUUGCUAAAGAAGUGGGAGACAAGGCCGGAGAGGGAAUCAGUUAUGGCAAUCUUGGCAACGCCUAUCAAGGUCUAGGACAGUUCAAAACAGCAAUCGAUUGUCAUGAACGUCACCUUGAAAUUGCUAAAGAAGUAGGAGACAAGACUGGAGAGGCAUGCUCACUCUGUUCACUUGGUAUAAGUCUUGAGUGCCUAGGAAAUGUUUUGAAGGCGUUUGUCUGCUUUCAGUCGAGUGUAGAGGUGUAUGAUGAUAUCAGGGCCAGUCUUCAACUCAACGAUCAGUGGAAGAUUUGCUAUCGUAAUCAGCACCAAGCGGCGUACAAAGGCUUGUGGCGUACAAAUCUAAAGCAAAGUAACGUCGUAAAGGCUCUUCUUGCCACAGAAAAAGGACGUGCUCAAUCUCUGAGAGAUCUCAUGAACAAAAGAUAUCAGCUUGGCGAUUCUUUAACGAACAGCGCUUCGUGCGUUUCUCUGAGUUGUGUUCCAUCAAGCACAGUUUUCAUAGCUACAAAUGGUCCUUUCGUUUACUUCUGGGUUCUCCUCAGCAACGAUAAUAUCCAGAUGAGAAAGGUACAUGUAAAUGAUUUCAAGUAUGAGGAUGAUUUGGAAAUUUAUAUUGAGCACCUGAACAAGAUCACUCUUGAGGAGAAUAGUGCAAGAGCUACUGUUACAUGCGAAAAUCCUUCGCUCGAUUCGCCGAAACGGGAGGAAGUGGCAAACGAUGUAAUCCCAAUUAAUGUGUGGUACUCGAAAUCCAGGGCGUUACAGAAGCUUUAUGACAUCAUCGUGACUCCCAUUGCUGAUUUGAUCGAAGGUAAAGAGCUUACAUUUGUUCCUGAGGGACCAUUUUGCCUUGUACCUUACGCAGCAUUGGAAGACUCGAAGUCAACUUAUCUAAGUGAUUCUUUCAGAAUUCGUGUACUUCCGUCCUUGACGACCUUGCAAUUGAUUCAUGAUUGCCCAGCUCAAUUCCACAUGACGACAGGUGCAUUGCUUGUUGGAGACCCAUGUUUCAAAGAUAUCAUCUAUCAGGGAAGACGUUUGAUGCAACUUCCUGGAGCCCGGAAUGAAGUGGAGAUGAUUGGACGUAUCCUGAAUAUCGCCCCUCUCACUGGAGAAAUGGCGACAAAAGAUGAAGUGUUAAAGCGACUGUCAUCGGUGGCUUUAGUACACAUUGCAGCGCAUAGUAAAAUGGAAACUGGAGAAGUUUUCCUGGCACCAAACACCACAAGAGAAAACCCAAAACCUCAAGAGAAAGACUACCUAAUGACAAUGAAAGAUGUAGAAGAAUCUGGGCUGCGAGCACGACUUGUUGUAUUAAGUUGCUCUCACACUGCUCGUGGGGAGGUUAUGGCUGAGGGUGUGGUAGGCAUCGCGCGAGCACUUUUGGGUGCUGGUGCUAGAUCUGUUGUGGUAACCUUGUGGGCGAUUGACGACGAGGGAACCGUGCAGUUCAUGAGUUUCUUCUACGAUGCGCUUGCUAAAGGAAAAAGGACAAGUGAAGCUCUCAAUCACGCCAUGAAGUGUAUGAGAGAAAUUAAAGUGUUCAAGGAGGUGAAGUACUGGGCACCAUUUGUACUCAUUGGUGAUGACGUCAGCUUGGAUUUCAAGGAUAUUUAAAUGCUGAGCUGAAGCAGUGAGCAUUGGAAUCUGGGGAAGUCUGCAGUUACCCACUAACGUUAAUAUUUGGAGCAGAAACCAGUAGGAUACCGAUGACAUCUUUGUCCAGAGACUUGCUUGCAAAGCAGGGAGAACCAAAAGACGGCCAAUGUCAAAUUCAACGAGAACCUUUAAGGAUUUCCGUUGACUCGAAAAGUUAACUUUUCAUUUGUCUGAACUGCUCUUACGAGCUUGUAGAAUUUUGGACACUCAAAAGGAAAAGAAUAUUUAAGUGUUUUGAUCUUUGAUAUUUUGCUCAAACUAAUUCCUAUACAUAAUUUUUCCUGACACAUUUUGAAAUUAUCACGAUUAGCUAUAUAAAAAGUUACUUUUUUACCUAACAUGAAUUAAGUAGUAAUUUAUUAACAAGAUUUCGGGCGUAACAUUUACGUCGAAGUUGAAACGUCUUCAAAACAUUUCCAGAGUUUUUUUUACAGAAUUUUUUCCUCAAUCAGUUUUGUUUCUCUUGAGUGAUUUAACGCUAUUACAGCCAUAUGCUCGAAUAGAGAAUCUGCAUUGAACUUGGAGAAUAAUCAGUUGUUCGAUUGCUCGAUUAUCUUAGUUUAUGUCGGAUGGAAAUUGUGGUUAACGGUUCCCGGAUUUUUACCACUAAGUGGUUGCUCAACAAAAAUUAUAUUAAUUUCCGAGAAAAUAACAGAUUUUGACCCUUAUGGCCAGAAGUUAGUCUUGGGAUUAUUAUUUUCUCCUUUACGUUUAAAUAUGAUAAAUUGUGUUUUUGUAUUAGCAUUUCGACUUAUUUUUAGGAUGCUGUUUAAACUAAUCGGCAAGACGAGAAGUUUUUUUUAAAUUUUAAUUACUGACCAGCUUCAAAUUGAGUAUCCUACAAAGCAUCGAAAGGAGCUCAGAAACAGCGAGGAAGUUGGAGCCAA